AUGACUGCUAAUAUCACAAUCACUGUAGCAAAAGUUUGGUUCUUAAAACCAAAAAUAGAUUCACGUGCUUUAACUGAUAUUCCAUUCGUAGCAAUCAGUGAUUUUUGCUACCUGUACAUUCAGAACGUCCGGAAAGGAUUUUCCAGCGAAUUACAAGCAGAAACAGAUAACCUUAAGGAAUACGUUUACGGCAAAUGCGAAGGUCGCCUGUCUAAUCGAGAAUUUGCUUGA